AAAAAAACUCAUCAGCCGUUUAAUUUCUCUAAUCUAAUCUUAAUCGUCCGGAGAUGUCCGAAAAAGAGGAGAAAAAUGUGGCCGUCAGGAGCAACAUUUCUGAAAUUAAAAAUAAACAGCGGAGGGCCGCUGCUUAUAAAAAGUUAAAAAUGGAAAAAUUGAAAGUAAAAAAAGAAAAGAAGAAGGCCAUAGAAAAAUUGAGGAAUGAACUCGGCGAAGAGGCAGUACCGAAGCAAAUUCCAAAGACUAUUGAGAACCAAAGAGUUUUCGACGAGACAAAAAUAACCGAAUCCGAUGACGAGAUAAUUGCAGAAGCAGAAAAUGAUUCAUUAGGAAUUCACCUGUCCUCAAGAGCUCAAGCCAAAGUACUGAUAACUACUACAGAUAGACCUCUCAGUCGAACGAAUAAGUUCUGCAAAGAACUCAAGAAGAGCAUCCCGUUUAGUGAAAUAUACUACAGGCGUGGUCUCGACCUCAAGAAGAUUACAGAUCAGGCCUCUAAGAGGGGCUACACUGCCCUCAUUGUCGUGAACGAGGACCGCAAGACACCAAAUGGCAUGAUCAUCUCUCACCUCCCUAAUGGACCCACUGCUUCGUUCAGACUCUCAAAUGUUGUCUUUGGCAGAGAAAUUAAGAGAAGUGGCGAACUGACGGACCAUCUUCCAGAGCUGAUCCUGAACAACUUCACGACCACAGUCGGCAACAGGAUCGGCCGCCUGUUCGCCACGUUGUAUCCCAGAGAUCCGGAUUUCCACGGCAGACGAGUCGUCACUUUUCACAAUCAGAGAGAUUAUAUAUUUUUCAGGCAACACAGGUACCAGUUUAGGAACGAGAAGAGGGUGGGCCUGCAAGAGCUUGGGCCGAGAUUUACAUUGAAACUGAGGACCCUUCAAGAUGGCACCUUUGAUUCGAAGUUUGGGGACUAUGAGUUUAUACAGCAGAAAGAGAAAUGCAGAAGGAAAUUUUCAUUGUGAAUAUUUUUCCAUCAUAACUUUUAUUAUUAUUAUUACUUUUAAUAUUAUUACCGUUGUUUUUAUUAUUAUUAUUAUGUGUUAUUAUUAAUAUUGUUAUUGUUAUUACGUUACAAAAUGAUUUUUUUUUCAACAAGUUAUGAAUGAGUGAGUGAGUGAGUGAGUGAGUGAGUGAGUGAGUGAGUGAGUGAUCCGCGAUCUUCCAAUGUAUCAAUAUUUAUAAGGCAUGUACUAAGUAAAAAUGUGAAUAGUGUGUGUAUGUAUUCGUGUACAUUGUACAUAUCUUAAAUUUGUAUAUGCGUUAGUAUUGUACGUAUAUACAACAUACAUACAUACACACACACAUUAAUAUAUACUAUACAUAUACAAUAUAUACAUAUACACGUUCAUUUAUUUAUGAUCAAUAAUACACAGGUUGUGGUAGCAAAAUAGAUUAUUGGCGAUAUAAUACAAAAAUGUUCACAUGUGUAUAUUCGAUAAGUCGUCAAAGAAAUAUUUCAAAAAUUUUCUAAAGAAGAAGAAUACUUGAUCCGCGAGUUUGUAUCUGUGUGUUUGUGCGUGAAUGUGUUUGUCUGUCUGUGAAUGCUUAUGCCUGUUAUGUAGUUUGUAGAUGUAUAAGUGUACACAUUUAGUAUUUUUGUGCAUGUAGAUGUAUUGUUUGUAUGUGUGAGUUCAUGCUUGGAUAUGUCUCUUUCUCUUUGUGUGUGUGUGUGUGUGCGCGUGUAAAAGUCAGUAAGGCAGUGUCGUAAACAUUUCCUCAAAUACAAAGUAAUCAAUCUAAUGAGCCCUUCUUAAAAUCAUCCAAACGCCCUAAUGAUAUCGCUCCUUUUACAAUUUUAUUAUUAUUGUUGUUAUUAUUGUUGUUGUUAUUAUUUACAUGGCAAGAUGUGGAUCUGUUGAGUUUAUCGGCUCCUUCGUUCAUGACGUCAUAAAAAUAAUCAUAAUAACUUCCGCUACGAUUGUUAUUGUUGUUGUUAUGAUUAUUAUUAUUAUUAUUUUCUAUCGAGACCCUGACCUCAAUUACGUCCUGUUCCCUCCCAAUUCCGUCACUCUCACCCCCACCACCAUCAUCAGUACCAUCUCUCUCAUCGCCAUCACGAUCUCUCCUCAGUGAUGAUGAGAGUGAUGAUUUGAAAUUAGUUCGAUGUUCUACUUCGCCGGCGGCUUGCGAGGUUCUUCUUGAAACCUUAAUGGUGCUGAAUCUUUUCUUGAGUUUUGA